UCUCUCUCUCUCUCCAUCUCUCCAUCACGAGGCCGAUCACCGAGCCCCAAGUCUCACCAAUCGAUCCUAGGGUUUCCGAUUUCCACUUCAUAAUCUGAAGAUCGAGGCCAAGUUCACCGUUUGCAAUGGAAGCCUGACUCCAUGGAACCUCGGAAGAGAUAAUCGGAGGGAACUGGCGGAGAGGAGUAAUUUCCAGAUACCGAAAACAAGACUCUGAUUCUGAUCUUCGUGUCUCUUUCUCUUGUCGGAGCGACUGAGCUGACGAGUCAUGGAUUUCGCGAGCUGCCCGUUCUGCGACUUGACGGUCCCGUCCUCAGAGCUUGAAAGAUCAGUAACGAAGAUGGUGAGAGAGUCGCAGAUCUGCAGAUCAUCGUCAUCUUCCCACGAACCUCGAGCAAAUCAUCCUUCUCCAUGAACAGUGCAGGGGGGAUAAGAAGAACGAAGAUGGUGACGUCCUUGGCGGAAGGGAGAGUGGUCUUGUUGAGGAGAGGGAAUGAGGGGAAUGUGGAGAGGGCGGGCUCGGGGACAUGAACGGUGGAUAGGGGAGGAAGAUGAUGAACAGUGACGAGGAGGAGGAGGAGGAGGGAGAAGGGGUGGGGCAAAAUUGAAACUUUUGAAAAAACUUUGGUCAUUUUGAAAUUUUAAAUAGUUUGUGGUGAAGUGAAACGAAGUAUAAUUUCGUUUCGAAACGCGCUUAACGCUCUCUCUUCUGAACGCCGCCCACCUUCUCCUCCGCCUCUGCUCUCCUCUCCUCGAAUCAGACCCCCGGCUACCCUCCUAUGUCUUUCGCAGUUCGUCCAAUCCUCGAGUAGCCCAACUAUUGUUCCUAGCAUCAGGAGCGACCCGGUUGUCAUCUCAUCCCUGCACAGACCCCCUAAUACCUCCUCCACUCUUGCUCAGCUCGUGGACUCGGCAACCUCUGUUUCUCUUCAACCGACCGACGUUGCUGACCCCUCUGAUUUGAUUUUGCUCCCGUGGUCAUUUUAUGGCACUUCCAUCCAGCCAAGCAUCCGAUGGUGCUGGUCUUUGCCCCUGCUCGCUCCCCAGCUCUUCUCUCCAGCCACUUGACACCAAGGACGACAACAAGGGUGAGAUGGCCUCAGAAGUAGAGACACCUGACAGACCUGAAAUACUCCAGGAGAGAUUAAAGUCUUUUUUGCGUCAGCUCCAGUUCGAGUGUGCCAUCCUCGAGAGGAUUGUGCACAAGAAUAAGAACCAGCACCGGCGCUGCGGGUACUUCCAGUAUCUUUUGAAGGUGAGGAGGGACUUUAGGCUUCUACAAUCAGCUAAGCUGGAGGAGUUGUUGAAUUCUUGCUUUCAAGUUAUUAGUGGAGACAAGCCUAAACAAAAAAUCAAUCUUUUAGAGAGUCUAAAGUCGAGAAUUUGCGAUAGUGGGAAGCCUAAUUUUAUGGAACGACUUCUUGGUGCUGCAAGACUCCUAUCACAGGCUAUUGAACCCAUUCUGAAGGCUGCUGCAGAGAUCUCGAUCUUGCUUGCUCAGUCAUUUUUUGUGGCAUUUUCUUUGACUACCCUGGCUAUGCUUGGUCGCUUGCGAGUUCUAGCCCAGCAAAUAUUAUUGGAUGUCGUUUCGGUAUUUAAUAUGGUAUCGUCUCUAUCUCAAGAGAGGCAAUCUGUGAAAUUAACUCAGGAAGGAAUCGAGAUCUUUAGAGAGUACUACCCUAUAAAUCGAGAUUAUGUAACCCUAGAAUGUAUCUGGGAAACCGACAAAUAUAUAUUGGUGGAGAGAAUGCACAAGAGUGAGAUUGAAAGUGGAGCUGUGGCCCUUGACAAGAAGGAUUCCUUGGCUGAAGCACCGGUUUGCUAUCAAAGAAUCGAAACUAUCCUUGAAGUGUCUGCUGCAGAUGAGGAACUUGAUUCAAUCCCGAAGAUGGCGGAGAUGAACAAAGGUGCUGUUGAAAGUCCAGCUCAGAGUAGGGAGGAGAAGAUUGAAUUGGCUGUGAACUCCUGUGCCGAUGACAAGGCUGCUGAAGGUUCUCAAGAUGCUGAAGAUAAUUUGGCUACAACUCGAUUCCCCGAAGAUAAGUUAUCUGCACAUGAUGGCUUGGUGACAUCUUCUACGUCACUUACGACCUCAGACCCGAAAACUGAACCGAAAAAGGUUGCAUUUGUUUCCAUCAAGAGGCCAUUGCCAUCAAAAUCAACUGAUGUGGAUCUUCACCCGAAGAAAAGUAGAAGCGAAGAUGAAAGAAAGAAAGAUCCGUUCUUUGAUUUACUUGCAGGUGGAAGCCUGAGGGAUAGUGUCUUCUGAACAAAAUGAUCACUUAACUUGGGAAUGAUCGAGUGUCAGUCGUGUUUGCAGGCUUCAUUUUCAUGUAGGUGCUUUGUGCUGAAAGAUAUGUUUGUUGUCAUUCCAAAGGCUUACAGUCACUAGUGACAAGACUGAAAACAUCCAAGCCACUAAAGCCGAUACCCCUCCUAGCAGAUACGAGAUUCGCAUGGUACCUUAUUGAUCA